UUAGUUCCAAAUUUCGACACAUGCCAAAAGAUUCAUGUAAAUAGUACAUAACUUGUUUAUUUUUAUUUUAUGAUAAGUAUUAAAGUUUACAAUGUCCAGAAAUGACUAUGAUUUUGAGAAGUAUGUAACUGAUGUUUAUGAUCCCAUUAAAGUGGGCUCAAUAGAUAAAACUGAUACUGAACCCCAUGAUAGAGCUAUUGUAAGAGCUAUAUGCUCAAAAUACGUUCCAAAUAAAUUGGUCCAAGGAAAUCCGGAAUACACAAUAUUUAUCACACGGCUAAAUCCACGAACGACGCAGGAUACCAUUGAGUCGGAAUUCUCUAAGUGCGGUAACAUUUUAAGAUGCAGGUUGGUCAAAGACAUUGUCACUGGGAAAUCUAAGAAAUAUGCUUUUAUAGAGUUUGAAAGUAGACUCAGUGUGGAACGAGCCUUGAAAGAGAUGCACAGAGAAUAUAUUGAUGGUUCUGAGAUCUUAGUUGAGAGGGAGGCUGAGAGACGCCUCCAUGGAUGGAAGCCUAGGAGGCUUGGGGGAGGGUUUGGUGGCAGGAAGGAAUCGGGCCAGCUGAGAUUCGGUUGCCGAGAUAGACCCUUCAGAAAACCUUUUCUUAUUACACCAAAAAACGAUCCAGGGACUAGUAGAAAUUAAUGAAA